GAGUUUACAGAAGACCGUGUGCAGGCAGGCAACCAAAGGUGACGGUGGAGCCACAAUUGAGCGUUUUUACUUUCUACACCAGUCAGCAAUCUGUUUGUCAAUUAGGAACGAUGGAUUAAAUAAACUGCAACGUGCCUUGCCAUUUUCUUCCACCUGGGGCAACAGUUUCACUCUUUAAAAAUGCAGGAUGUACACAAACAUGUGUAGAGGAUUUCCAUGUCAUGUUGCUCACUCUUGGGAAUAACUCCAGCAUUUGAAUCAAGAAGGCUAAAGUGAUUUUUUCUUGGACGUUUCUUGUUCAACCUGUUUACUUUGUAUUUUUUUUUUUUUUUCUGUUUCUCAAAUAUGGGUGAAGUGUAAUCUAUGAUCUUUUGAACGUGGAGUUGACAAGCCAGGGACUCAGGACUUGGAGGAGCAGUGCCACUCUGGAAUAUGGUGCCUAAUCGCUGUCCAGCGACACUGCUGGUGCCGGUAGCGGUACUGGUGAUCUGCCUGGUGCUAUCGUCUGUGGCAGACAGCAUGCCAAGUUUUGUAAAAACCCCAGAGGACCAAAUUGGGAUUUCGGGAGGUGUGGCGUCUUUUGUGUGCCUGGCGGCAGGAGAGCCGAAACCCAGGAUCACAUGGAUGAAAAAGGGAAAGAAAGUGAGCUCUCAGCGCUUUGAGGUGAUUGAGUUUGAUGAUGGCUCAGGGUCUGUCCUCAGAAUUCAGCCUCUUCGGACUCAUAGGGACGAAGCGAUCUAUGAGUGCACAGCGACCAACAGCAUGGGAGAGAUCAACACCAGUGCCAAACUCACAGUCCUGGAAGAAGACCAGAUACCUCAUGGGUUCCCAACCAUUGACAUGGGCCCUCAGCUGAAGGUGGUAGAGAAGACACGCACGGCGACCAUGCUGUGUGCAGCAAGUGGGAACCCUGACCCUGAAAUCAACUGGUUUAAGGACUUCCUGCCGGUGGAUAUAGCUAGCAGCAACGGUCGAAUCAAACAGCUCCGCUCAGGUGCCCUGCAGAUUGAGAACAGUGAGGAGUCUGACCAGGGAAAAUAUGAAUGUGUGGCAAGCAACAGUGCUGGGACCCGCUACUCAGCCCCCGCCAAUCUCUAUGUGCGAGUACGCCGCGUCCCUCCCCGCUUCUCAAUCCCCCCCACCAACCACGAGGUAAUGCCUGGGGGCAGUGUGAACUUGACCUGUGUGGCGGUGGGUGCCCCCAUGCCCUAUGUGAAAUGGAUGGCUGGAGUUGUGGAGCUGACCAAAGAGGACGAGAUGCCUGUGGGCCGCAACGUGCUUGAGCUGUCCAAUAUUCGCGAGUCCGCCAACUACACCUGCGUGGCCAUCUCCUCCCUGGGCAUGAUCGACGCAACUGCUCAGAUCUCCGUCAAAGCCUUGCCAAAACCCCCAACUGCACCAGUAGUGACAGAAACCACUGCCACUAGUGUAACCCUGACCUGGGAUUCUGGGAACCCAGACCACAUCUCCUACUAUGUGAUCCAGUACAAGGCAAAAUCCUCAGAGCGGGGCUACCAGGAGGUAGACGGAGUAGCCACAACCCGCUACAGCAUUGGAGGUCUGAGCCCCUACUCGGAGUACGAGUUCCGUGUGAUUGCAGUCAAUAACAUCGGCAGGGGCCCCCCCAGCAACCUUGUGGAUGCCCGCACUGGGGAGCAGGCCCCUUCUUCCCCUCCCCUGCGGGUCCAGGCUCGCAUGCUGAGUGCCAGCACCAUACUGGUGCAGUGGGAGCCCCCAGAGGAGUCCAAUGGGCAGAUCCGUGGCUACCGCGUGUACUACAGCGAUGACCUGCAGAGGCCCCUCAGCUCCUGGAACAAACACAACACGGACGACAGCCGCCUCACGACUGUCUCGAACCUCAUCACUGGUACCACCUACAGCAUCCGCGUCCUGGGCUUCACCUCCGUCGGGGACGGGCCCCCCUCAGACGUGCUCCAGGUCAAAGCGCAGCAGGGCGUGCCCGCCCAGCCCUCGAAUUUCCAAGCGGAGGCCGAGUCGGAUACUCGGAUAAUGCUGACCUGGUUACUGCCGACACAGGAGCGGAUCAUCAAAUACGAGCUGGAAUACUGGGAGGAGGGGUCUGACAAAAAGCAACACUUGAACCUGAACCCAGCCGACUCGUAUGCAGUGGAGGGCUUGAAGCCGGAUACCAUGUACAAGUUUACCCUUGCUGCACACUCUGAUUUCGGAGUGGGAGUCUACACACAGCCCAUAGAGGCCAGGACAGCACAGUCCACCCCCUCCGCCCCCCCUCAAGAAGUGCAUGCUGUCAGUCUCAGCUCCACCAGCAUCAAGGUGAGUUGGGUAGCGCCCCCUGCUGGGAGCCGCCAUGGAGCCAUUGUCCAGUACACAGUUGCCUACCAGGCUGUAAACGGGGAGGACAGUGAAAAGCACGAAGUGUCAAACAUUUCAGCGGAAGCCACCAGCUAUGUGAUGGAAGACCUGGAGAAGUGGACAGAGUAUAUGGUGUGGGUGAGAGCUCACACUGACGUGGGGCCAGGACCCGAGAGCCCUCCAGUGCAUGUGCGAACCGACGAGGAUGUGCCUAGCGCGCCCCCAAGGAAAGUGGAAGCAGAAGCCAUCAACUCCACAGCAAUCCGAGUGACGUGGAAAGCACCACUCUCCAACAAACAGCACGGGCAGAUCCGAGGGUACCAGGUGACUUACUCCCGACUGGAGAACAGCGAGCCACGAGGGCAGCCACUCAUCAAGGACAUCAUGCUUCCAGAGGCACAGUGGAAAGUUGAGGAGCCUGCGGAAUAUGAGGCUGUUAUAACUGGACUCCUCUCUGAAACCACAUACUCAAUUACGAUAGCCGCGUACACCACAAAAGGGGAUGGGGCUCGCAGCAAAGCCAAGGUGAUCUCCACCAUGGGAGCUGUUCCAGGAAAGCCCACUAUGAUGAUCAGCCCCACCAUGUUGAAUACAGCCCUGAUCCAGUGGCAACCCCCCAAGGAGGUGGUGGGUGAGCUGAUUGGGUACCAGCUUCAGUAUAAGCGGGUGGAGGAAGAAACUUACCGCGUUGUCGAUUUAAAAAAGAACGACGACCACUACACUGUCACAGGACUACACAAGGGAGCCACCUACAUCUUCAGGCUGUCUGCGAAGAACCGAGCAGGGAACGGUGAGCAGUACGUCAAGGAGAUCACCACCACGGAGGACACUCCCAGCGGCUUCCCCCAGAACCUGCGGGUAGUGGGCCUCACUACCUCCACCACUGAGCUGGCCUGGGAUCCCCCGCUGCUGGCAGAAAGGAACGGCAAGAUCGUGCAGUACACCGUGGUCUACCGGGACAUCAACAGCCUGCAGAACCACACCAACAUCACGUCUGAAACACGCAUCGUCCUCGGCAACCUCCAGCCUGACACCACUUAUGAUAUCCGAGUCCGCUCCUUUACAAGCAAGGGGCCCGGACCUAUCAGCCCCAGCAUCCAGAGCAGGACUAUGCCUGUGGAGCAAGUGUUUGCCAAGAGCUUCCGAGUGAAGGCAGUGAUGAAAACAUCAGUGUUAUUGACUUGGGAAGUGCCUGAAUCCUACAAAUCUCAAGUGCCAUUCAAGAUUCUUUAUAAUGGGCAGAGUGUGGAGGUGCAGGGAAACCUCAAACGCAAGAUGAUCACAAAGCUGCAGCCUGACAGAGAGUACUCCUUUGCUUUGAUGAGCCGUGGGAACAAUGCCGGUGGUCUUCAGCAGGUGGUGUCAAUUCGAACCGCUCCCGACAUGCUUAAGACCAAGCCGAUUCUGUUUAGCAAAAAUGAGGAGGGGGGUGGCAAGCUCGCCCUUAAUCUGCCAAAAGUCCAGACCAAAGCGCCUGUCAGGUGGUAUUAUAUUGUGGUGCUGCCGGUCACACAAGCAACCUCCAGGAAAUGGGAGAAUCCGGAUGAAUUGGAACUGGAUAAUCUGCUGGAGGCAAGUGAGAACCUGCAGCGACAUAGACGUCAGACAGAGGUGCUGAAACCUUACAUUGCUGCUAAACUGGACUCUCUUCCCGCCACCUUCACGCUGGGAGAUGAGAAGUACUACAACGGCUUCUACAACAAGCUCCUGUCUGGGGAACAGAAGUACCUGUGCUUUGUUCUGGCAGCCUUGGAGGAUAAAAAUACAAAGACGUACGCAGCGAGCCCAUACUCAGACCCGAUCCAGGUCAAGGUGUCUCCUGACAUGGCCAAGCAGCAAGAGGAUCCUGAGAUGCUGUGGGUGAUGGGACCGGUCCUUGCAGUCAUUCUGAUCAUCAUCAUUGUUAUCGCAAUCCUGCUGUUUAAGAGCAAACAGGAAAGAAAACGUGCCUCCCCAUCGGCAAAAGAUGACCACUCUGGUGGAGUUAAGGACUCUCUCCUGGCCCACUCUACAGACCCUGUAGAGAUGCGACGCCUCAAUUACCAGACUCCAGGUCCAAGUGCCCCCUGUUGCCCGAACAUUUCAAGCAUGAGAGAGCACCCUCCCAUCUCUGUCACAGAGCUUGCGGAUCACAUUGAGAGGCUGAAGGCCAACGAUGGGUUGCGAUUCUCCCAGGAGUACGAGUCCAUAGACCCUGGACAGCAGUUCACCUGGGAGAAUUCGAAUCUGGAGGUCAACAAACCAAAGAACCGCUAUGCAAAUGUGAUUUCAUACGACCAUUCCCGGGUCAUCCUCACCUCCAUCGAUGGUGUGCCAGGCAGCGACUACAUCAAUGCAAAUUACAUUGACGGCUAUCGGAAGCAGAACGCUUACAUCGCCACCCAGGGUCCCCUGCCCGAGACACUCAGUGAUUUCUGGAGGAUGGUGUGGGAGCAGCGGACCAAUACCAUUGUGAUGAUGACCCGGCUCGAGGAGAAAUCCAGGGUCAAGUGCGACCAGUACUGGCCAAGCCGUGGCACAGAGACGUACGGCAUGAUUCAGGUGACAAUGCUGGACACUGUGGAGCUUGCCACCUACAGCGUCAGGACUUUCGCUCUCUACAAGAACGGCUCCAGCGAGAAGCGGGAAUUGAGACAGUUCCAGUUCAUGGCCUGGCCAGACCACGGAGUGCCUGAAUACCCGACCCCCAUCCUGGCCUUCCUGAGGAGAGUGAAGGCUUGCAACCCCCCGGACGCAGGGCCUAUGGUGGUGCACUGCAGCGCUGGCGUGGGACGGACAGGGUGCUUGAUCGUGAUCGAGGCCAUGCUGGAGCGCAUGAAGCACGAGAAGUCGGUAGACAUUUACGGACAUGUGACCUGCAUGCGCUCCCAGCGGAACUACAUGGUACAGACAGAGGACCAGUACAUCUUUAUUCACGAAGCACUGCUGGAGGCAGCCAUCUGUGGUAACACAGAGGUCCCAGCACGAAACCUCUACGCACACAUCCAGAAACUUACGCAGAUCCCGCCAGGGGAUACUGUCACUUCCAUGGAGCUCGAGUUCAAGCGACUAGCCAACUCCAAAGCACACACCUCACGAUUCAUCAGUGCCAACCUCCCAUGCAAUAAGUUCAAGAACCGACUUGUGAACAUCAUGCCCUUUGAGUCUACCCGUGUCUGUCUGCAGCCAAUCAGAGGGGUGGAGGGAUCCGAUUACAUCAAUGCCAGCUUUAUCGACGGCUACAGGCAGCAGAAAGCCUACGUUGCAACACAGGGACCCCUGGCAGAGACCACUGAGGAUUUCUGGAGAAUGCUGUGGGAGCACAACUCCACUAUUGUGGUGAUGCUAACCAAGCUGAGAGAAAUGGGACGGGAAAAAUGCCAUCAGUACUGGCCUGCAGAGCGGUCAGCUCGAUACCAGUAUUUUGUGGUGGAUCCCAUGGCAGAAUACAACAUGCCCCAGUAUAUCCUGCGGGAGUUCAAGGUCACCGAUGCUAGGGACGGCCAGUCCCGGACCAUUCGCCAAUUCCAAUUCACAGACUGGCCGGAGCAGGGAGUGCCAAAAACCGGGGAGGGAUUCAUUGAUUUCAUUGGCCAAGUCCACAAAACCAAGGAGCAGUUUGGCCAGGAUGGACCAAUCACUGUGCACUGCAGUGCUGGCGUGGGCAGGACGGGAGUGUUCAUCACGCUCAGUAUUGUGCUGGAGAGGAUGAGGUAUGAGGGCGUUGUGGAUCUCUUCCAGACUGUGAAGACACUGCGGACUCAGAGACCAGCCAUGGUGCAGACAGAGGAUCAGUACCAGCUGUGCUACAGAGCAGCCCUGGAGUAUCUGGGCAGCUUCGAUCACUAUGCAACGUAACUACGCCUGGCUGCCCCAGAACCUUCAGGAGUAUGAAAGUGCUCCUCCUGAGCCAUACCCACUCACCUGAUUCUGUACAGAAGCUGCCAGAGGGGGAGGAGAGGAGGAGGAGGAGGAGAUCCCAACUGGUGAACCCCCAAACGCAGUCUCUACGGACCGAGACACACAGAUUGCUUCAGAAUUUUAAAAAAUGAAAAAUACAUCAAGCCAACAGCAUUCUCCUCAUUUCUAUACUGUACAUAAUGUCCCUCCCUUUUAAUUGUACCCCUUAUAAACGUUUCUCAUAGUAAAAGCAUAGCAAACUAAUGAAGUGUUUUGAAAGGCUACUAAAGCACAGAUAAGCAUUGUAAAGAGGUAUGGUAAAACACAUUAUUGAACAGGGUUAACUAUGGCAAAGGCAUGCUCUACCCAUGGGAAAAAGCAUACUAAAACUGCAAAAAUACACUGGAAAUCUUUUAGAAGGGACACUCCUGGUAGAUAUUAUUAUGUUUGCUUUUUAUAUUAAUUAGAAUGUGUUUUUUGUAAUCAUUUACACCAGUAUUUUUUUUUCUAAGUCUUAAUCAUGACCUGAACUAUGGGUCCUUGUUUUCUUUAUUGGUACAUAUU